AAUCGUGGUUUCGACUUUUGUAGAUUAGGGGUUCCGAAACCACCACAAGGACAUAUGAAAUUAGUGGGGGAUUUCUCAGAUUCAGAGUCCGAGUUCUCAUUCAUCAGUGCUUCUCAACAUGAAUCCGACAUCUCCUUCAUCAGCAGCUCGGGGAGACAGAGUGUAGACCGAUCAUCAUUCACCUACGAUUUACCAGACUCAGCAAGAUCCUCAAGAAUGUCAACGAGCUCAGAUCAGAGCAUUGGGUCACAUAGAUUAGGAAUCAAGUUUACGGAUUUGAGUUAUCUCAAUGGUUCUUCUACGGUUUCUGAAGAGAGUGGAAGAAAUUCUUGUUCUUAUUCAUCUCAGAGCUUGGAUGAUGUUGAAGCUCAAAUGAGGAGACUCCGUUUAGAGCUGAAACAAACUAUGGAUAUGUAUAGCUCAGCUUGCAGAGAAGCUUUAACCGCAAGGCACGAGGCGACAGAGCUGCAAAAGCUAAGGACAGAAGAGGAAAGAAGAUUCGAGGAACUAAAGAUGACAGAGGAAACAGCAAUGUCAAUAGUGGAAAACGAGAGAGCAAAAGCCAAAACAGCCUUGGAAGCUGCUGAAGCUGCAAACAGGCUUGCUGAAGUGGAAGCAAAGAGGAGGCUUAACGCAGAAAUGAAGGUAUUGAAAGAUAGCGGUUCUUUCUCUCGACAUAGCAUCGUUCGGUACAGGAAAUACACUGUUCAAGAAAUCGAAGAAGGUACUGAUAACUUUGCAGAGUCAAGAAAAGUUGGAGAAGGAGGGUAUGGACCUGUGUUUAGAGGUCAUCUUGAUCACACAAGUGUCGCUGUUAAGGUUUUACGCCCUGACGCUGCUCAAGGAAGAUCUCAGUUUCACAAAGAGGUUGAAGUACUAAGCUGCAUAAGACAUCCAAACAUGGUGCUUCUCUUAGGAGCUUGUCCAGAAUUCGGUAUUCUCGUCUAUGAAUACAUGGCCAAAGGAAGCUUAGAUGACCGCCUUUUCAGACGCGGAAACACGCCGCCGAUUUCAUGGCAAUUGCGUUUCAGAAUCGCUGCUGAGAUCGCUACGGGUCUCCUCUUCCUCCACCAGACCAAACCAGAACCUAUUGUCCACAGAGACUUGAAACCAGGAAACGUACUUCUUGACCACAACUACGUCAGCAAGAUCAGCGACGUCGGGCUUGCAAGACUCGUCCCCGCUGUAGCUGAAAACGUGACACAGUACCGAGUAACGUCAGCUGCAGGAACGUUCUGUUACAUCGACCCUGAGUAUCAACAAACCGGAAUGUUGGGUGUGAAGUCAGAUGUUUACUCUCUGGGAAUCAUGCUUUUGCAGCUCUUGACGGCGAAACAGCCGAUGGGUUUGGCUUAUUACGUGGAACAAGCGAUCGAAGAAGGGACAUUGAAAGAUAUGCUUGAUCCUGCAGUACCAGAUUGGCCAGUAGAGGAAGCUUUGGCUCUUGCGAAGUUAUCGUUACAAUGUGCAGAGUUAAGAAGAAAAGAUAGGCCUGAUCUUGGUAAAGAAAUAAUGCCUGAGCUUAAUAGACUUAGAGAGCUUGGUGAAGAGAGUCUUGAGUCUGUGUAUUUUGCUGGACAAGGAAGAUCUUCACAUCCUAGUCAAGUCUCUUAUUCAUCGGAUGGUAGGAGUGCUCCUUUGAUAUCAAAUACAGGAUCUUCUAUAUCAAACCCAUAGUUUUGAGGAAUUUGG